AUGACACCUGUUACCACCAGAGCCACAACAACACCUGCUACCACCAGACCAACAACCACACCAACUACCUUCAGAGCAACAAUCAAACCUACGACCACAAUAGCUACAACCACACCUCCUAACCUCAGAGCCACAACCACACCUGAUACUAUCAGAGCCACACCCACACCAGAUAAAAUCAGAGCCACCACCAAACCUGCUACCCUCAGAGACACAACCACAGUUGUUACCAUCAGAGCAACAACCACACCUACUACCACCAGAUCCACAACCAUAAUUAAAAUCACCAGAGCCACAACCAUAAUUGCUACCACCAUAGCCACAACCACACCAACUACUACCAGAGCCAAAACCACUCCUUCCACGAGAGCCACAACCAUAAUUGCUACCACCAGAGCCACAACCACACCAACUACUGCCAGAGCCAAAACCACUCCUUCCACGAGAGCCACAACCAUAAUUGCUACCACAAGAGCAACAACCCCAGCUACUACCAAUGGAGCGACAACCACAACUGCUACCAUCAAAGCACCAACCACACCUACUACUAUCAUAGAAAUUAACACAUCUGAUAUGAUCAGAGCCACAACUACACUUGCUACCAACAGAGCCACAAUAACACAUGCUACCAUUAGAGCCACAACACCUGCUACCAUCAGAGUAACAACCAAACCUACAACCAUAAGAGCCACAACCACACCUACUAACGUCAGA